AUGAAGUCCAUGUUUAAAAAGAUAGAUAUAUUUGGUACUAGCGUUUAGUUGAGCUUUUAGCAUGACACACAUCAUAAGACAUGCUGUGGAAGUAUUUUCACUUUAUUUUUAGUUGCUAUAUUCGCUGUUGCUUUUUGGAUAGAGGCUCAAGAUGUUAUUUAUAAAAAUAAUCCAAACAUUAAUUUUAAUACAAAUGCUAUUUAGUCUCCGAUAUUAAAUCUGGCUGAGGGUUAAUUACCUAUUGCAUUUGGCUUACGAACUAAAAGUAAUUUACAGUACAUAAAAUCUGAUUUAAGUACUUCUUUUAAUGCAUAAGUGUCUAUUAAGAGUACUUAUUCGAAUGCUCAUAAUAUUAACGAACAAAAUAUACCAGUAAGUUUUGUUGAAUGCAGCACUUUAUUCUAAGACUCAAGCAAAGAUAAUUUUUCACUUUAAUAAAAAUUUUUUUUAGAUUAUAUUUAGCUUAACAUGUAAUAUGAAAAUUUGUACUGUAUUUAGUUCGAUAAAAAUAAUUCUUAUGCUAGUAAUUUCUUAUUGCAAAGUUAAGCAGAUAAUAAGAGUGUUUUUACUAUUGAAGUUCUGAAUUGUAUCUCUACUAAUUGUAUUGAUAAAUAGUACUAACUUAGUUAACUCAAUUUGGAUACUAUAUUCCUCGAUCAUAAUUAAAAUUUUUCAGAUUUUGAAAAACCUUUGCUAUAAACUGUUUCAGUGUAAUCUCAUUCGUUUAUAUCUGGUUACUAAAAGUAAGUGUCUCUCUAUUUUUAAUACACAGAAAUAGAAACUUAAGAUAAUUUAUUUUUUAAUGGAGUUACUUAGUUAGAUUAAGCAUUAACUAACACAAAUAAAAUUCUUGACAUAGAAGAAAUAGACUAAAGCAGACAGGUUUUACUAACAGUUCAAUUUUAAUUAGAAGAAAAAGCAUCUUAGUAUAGAAGAUAAUAUACUAAACUGUCUGCUGUCGUUGCUGAAAUAGGUGGUUUAGCAAAAGCUCUUAUAUAUAUUUUUGGUAUGGUUGUUACCCCUUUUGCUAAGAUUAACUUUUAAACAUCGUUAAUGAAUGAAAUAUUUUGCUUUGAAGACGAUGAAGAAUUAGAAAAAUAAAAGUCUGAAUCUGAAGAAUAAUAAAUUAUCUAGCAGCCUGACUUAGCUUCACCAGUACUUUCGAACAAACAUAAAAAUAGAUAGAAUGAUCCAAAAAAUUAUAUUGCUCCUUUUAAUAGCCAAAUACCAUAAAUAUUUGGAUAAAAAAGAGACUCUGGAGGAUAGAUAAUCAUUCCUAAUUCUUAGAUCCAUAGAUUAUAAUCUCUGAACCCUUCAAUAAAUGACAUGAAAUAAUAACUGGGAUUUGCUUAAUUAGCAUCGAAUUAAAUUAUAAAACAAGAAAAUAAUAACUCAGUUCAUGAUUUUAAAAAGAUGUUGGGGUUUAAUUUUAUGGGAAUUAAAAGGUCUUCGCUAAAAAAAUAGACUGUAAAUACUCAAGAAUUACCGAAUGAAACAACAUAAUCUGCUUCAAUCAAUAAAAUCAGAAAAAGUGAUCUUCCAGGAUUACCAGCUGAAUUUGAAACACCAUAUAAAUUAAACGGAAGCAAUAAUCUUAUAAGCUCUAAUAGGCAGAUUUAAACGGAGAACAUUAACGAGAUUUAAUAAAAUAAAAAAGAAAAUUUCGAAAAUGAAACAAUUUAGAACAAUAUAAAUAAUGAAGAAGCUAUUGAAAAUUAAGAAAUUAAAUUUAACUUUAACAAUAUUUAAAUUAAUACAAACAAUGAUGAAGAUUAAAUAGAAAACUAAAAAAAUAAAUUUAAUUGCAGUACUCUUACUUAAAAAGGAAAUUUAAAUAAUUUUACAUAGUAAAUAAAUUAUAACUAGAUAGUCACUCAUACAGAAAAUAAUGAAAAUAAUAUCAAUAAUAUUGGUUAAAGAGAUGUAAAAACUAACUAAGCUCCUUUAAUUAAUUUAUAAAAUGUCAAUUAAGAUUUGAACAAUUCUACCUUACCUUAAGAGUAAAGUCCUAUUAAAAAAUAAUCAAUAUCUAAAAAGAUGAAGAGAAAUUUUACUGCUGAUUAAAAUUACAUUUCUUCUUUACUUCAUGUUUACCAAGAAAACUAAGAUCCGGACUCAGCAAAAUUGAAAAAAAGAAAAUCGCUGAGAAAGUAAGGAGAUUGGUUUUUCAAGAAAAUAUUUACACCAAAAACAGGUGGUUUAAUUUUUAAAGCCUAUGAAUAUAUCUUAUACUUCUUACCGUUUGGUAAAAUAAAAAAGAAAAGAUAAUAGUUACGAUACACGUUAGACAAAAUAAAUGAUAGAUUGGAUGCUGUAUUUAUAAUCAAUAAGUUAAUAGAAAUAGAUAAGUUAAAGAUGUUAAUUUUAAAUGAAAACUAGCUCAAGUUAUUUGAUUACAUGCCAAAGCCAGUUAUAAACAAUAAAACUUAGUAUCAGCAUCAACUAAAAACCUAACAAGAAUUACAGCUAGAAAAUAUGAACAUGAGUACUUAAAAAGGACUUUCCCUUAAAUUAAAACCAACCAAUUAACCAGAAGAGAGUAAAUUCAAAUCAACUUGGAGUAUAUUAGACUCAGAAAAGACAACUUUGAUGAAAGCCCAUGAAGCCUAUUUGGCUUUUAACAAAAUAAAGGAUGACUCAAAAGAUAUCUCUGAAAUAGAUGAAAAGCUGCUGAGUAUGCUGGAUCCUUAAAUAUUGAGCUACUUCGAAAAAACAAGAUAGUAAAAGUAUUAUUUAAGGAUGAAUGAGAAUUCUCCUGCAAAUGGAGGAUUUCGUAAUCUUGCAGAUUAAAAUAAUAAUUUUUAAACUGUCAGUAAUCAAUACAUUUAACAGCCAAUAGAAAAUUUGUAAAAAGAUGCAUCUAUUUAAAAUAUUUAACAAGCAUCAAAUGACAAUUUAGAGUAAGUUUCUAAAGUGAAAUCAAAUUUGAAAAUUGAAUAAAAUAAAAGCCUUUUUAGGAUUUCUCAAGACAACUUAGUAGAAGAAUCCAGAUUAAAUAAUGUAUCAAAACCUACUUUAUAUGAGAUAAGUCCUGAAAAGAACUCGAUGUUGAACGAAAGCAUUGAAAUAGCUCAUGAGUCUUAUUUAUAAAAUAAAACAGUUUUCACAGAAUUCAUGCCAACAAAGAAUAUAAAUUGA